GAUUUUAUGCUGGACCUAGGAACCCUAGAACAUGGAGGAAGCAGAGGAAAGUCAAAUCUCCCGCACGGCCUACGAAGUGCAAAGGGAUUUUGGCUUUAGCAGCGGUCUGCGUUCGGAAAUUAUUUGGGAUUCUUUGGCCCCUGAUCAGGGGGAAAUCCUGAAGCAGAAGAUAGAGAACCUCAUUCGCGAGGACGACGCUCGGAAUUCCAAGGCGAUUCAGCGAAAACGGGAUCAGCUUUUCCGGAAUAUUUGGCAGCAGCGUCGCUACACCAAUGGCACACUGCUCUCCGCCAUCAUCUACGUGCUGGUCACGCCGGAUUCAGACCCGGAAUUGGCACUGCAGUCUACCAAUUACAGUUGCCAUCCGGUUUUCCGCACCCGUCGCUGCAUGAAGGGCGAAAACAGCGCCGCCUGCUGCAUGAUCUUCGUGGAUGAGAAUGCCCGAGUUUACUCGAACUGGGAGCAGUAUGUCUUCCGAAACACCCUGCCCAAGGGCUUGAUGAUCGCCCCCAGCCAGGGAGUCUACACUUUUAGCGAUGGCGAUGAGCCUGGCGUCCAGUUGAUGGUCCAUCCCACGCCCUCAGCCCGUGGCAGAUAUAGAUUACUCAAUGCCGGCGAUAAGGUGGCCACUGUGGGUGGCCUGGUGGCCAGUGUUCCGGCUGCCGCUGCUCUGGCGGUGCCUCUGGCCGCUCCCCUGGUGAUUGCCGCCACCGCUGUGGGCGUGGCCACCGGUGUCUACAGCACUCUGCGCUCGGCCUCCCAUCUCAUUGAUCGUCGACGGCAUGGGCAAUCCACCUGCAUCACAGACGGUGAGGCGCGCAGCUCCUGGUUGGGCGUGGCGGGUGGUGUUGUGGGUCUGGGCGCCACUGGGGCCACCAAGGCGCUGGCCACAGCCGCAGGUGCAGGCUACAAAGUCAAUCCCGCUGCCCAGUUGGCCGUGAGGGGCAUAAACGGUGCCUCAGCGGUCAUCGCGGGAACAGGAGUGGUUAAUGGGGUUUACGAUUUGUAUUUGAAAAUUGGCGAUGAUCAAGCCCUUAACAGCUUGGACAUGCUGCAAAUGGCCUCGCACCUGGUCAUCUUCACGCACUCCAUUAACAAUAUGCGCAUAGCUUCCAAGGCCACCAAUGGCUCUUCCUUAAGAAAGGCACUUCGCAAUCAAUCCAGAAAAGUCUUCGACCGCAUUUCCCAGGAAUCCGUUAAGCUGCACAGUGAAUCUGGCCAAUUUGAUAUUGUGCGCACUCUCAACGAAAUUCCCUUCAAGGAGGCACUCCUCAGCCUUCACAACAUCAACUCGCAUCUGGGUCAGGGACUCCAUGUGGCCACCACUUUGUUACCCCAAAUUGUGAGUGUUGGCACUGGCGGCCAGAUUCUCGUCAAUUUGGAAAUGCUGGCUCAAAGAUUCGGCGGCAAGUUUGCCCAGCACAUUGGAAAUCUGUCCAGUUUCACAGACGUUCUUGAGGCCAUGGCCAGAUACUUUACGGAUCAGGCAGUGCAGCUCUUGAUGCAGAUGACGCGCACUUUUGUGGAGGAGAACGUGGACUCCAUUGAUCGCACGCUAAAUACGUUCGUGUCCACGGAGGCGGUUCUUUUUCGCAUUCUAAUGCACUGCGUUAAUACCUUUGAUAAUUUUGGAGAGGAUUUCUUGCAGAGCCGCCGCGAGGAUAUCUUGCGGAUGGUGUCCAAGUACUUUCGCUCGCUAGAGCCGAUUGGCGAGAAGAACUGCCGCAAGUACAAAUGCAACGUUUGCAAGGGCGCUUACUACAUAAGUUCGAUAUAGGAGAAUUUU